GUGGGUGAGGCCCGGCCCAGCCCGUGAGGCGAACGAGCGGCGCUGGCCCGGCCCUGCCCGGCCCGGCCGCCCCGAGGGAGCGACCGCCGCCGCCGCAGCCAUGUUCUCUUUUAAUAUGUUUGACCACCCCAUCCCCCGGGUGUUCCAGAACCGUUUUUCCACCCAGUACCGCUGCUUCUCGGUAUCCAUGCUUGCCGGACCUAAUGACAGGUCAGAUGUGGAGAAAGGCGGGAAGAUAAUUAUGCCACCAUCAGCUUUGGAUCAACUCAGCCGCCUUAACAUUACUUACCCCAUGCUGUUCAAGCUGACCAACAAGAACUCAGACCGGAUGACUCACUGUGGAGUGCUGGAGUUUGUGGCUGAUGAGGGCAUCUGUUACCUUCCACACUGGAUGAUGCAGAAUUUGCUGCUGGAAGAAGGAGGCCUGGUGCAAGUGGAGAGUGUGAAUCUGCAAGUUGCUACUUACUCAAAAUUCCAGCCACAAAGUCCAGAUUUUCUUGACAUCACCAAUCCCAAAGCUGUACUGGAAAAUGCAUUGAGGAACUUUGCCUGUCUAACUACUGGGGAUGUGAUUGCCAUCAAUUACAAUGAAAAGAUCUAUGAGCUUCGGGUGAUGGAGACCAAACCAGAUAAGGCUGUGUCCAUCAUAGAGUGUGAUAUGAACGUGGAUUUUGAUGCUCCUUUGGGAUACAAAGAACCAGAACGAAGUGCCCAACAUGAAGAGGCCGCAGAUGUGGAAACAGACCACAGUGGAUAUGUGAGCGAUAUAGGAUUUCGUGCAUUCUCUGGAUCUGGGAACAGAUUGGAUGGCAAGAAGAAAGGUGUGGAGCCCAGUCCCUCACCAAUUAAACCAGGAGACAUCCGAAGAGGAAUUCCCAACUAUGACUUCAAGAUUGGUAGAAUCACGUUUAUUAGGAAUUCACGUCCACUGGUCAAGAAAGUGGAAGAGGAUGAGUCUGGAAGCCGAUUUAUUGCCUUUUCAGGAGAAGGCCAGUCCCUGCGCAAGAAAGGAAGAAAGCCCUAAGUCGUGCAAUCUCUUGGCACGUGUAGGGAGAGGAGGGACCCAGCUCCACUGCCCGGUGCCGCUUUGGAAUGGUGCGAGCGUAUCCUGUGCGCCCUGUCGUCUGCCGGCGAGCGUACCCGGGUGCAGGCCUGCGCUCUCCUGCGAGCCUGAGUAAAAGUUCCUCGUUCCCA